AACGGUUCAUCCGGGUAAUCCGAGCGAUUGGCUCCGUAAACCAUACCGCUGCCGUGCUCGCAUCAACAAGGUGGUGCUGCCGGUUGACUACGGCGACAAACGUCGUGGCUUGUAUGUAAGUAAUCUUCGAAAGGGUGUUAACUUCGUCAUCAUCGUUCAAGUGCCGUCAUGAGCACCGUUAGAACCCGUGGAACGACGUCAGGCCGGCGCGCCGGCGGCGACGUCGGCCGAGCUGCGACAAGCAUGGCGCACUGUGGACAACGGGACUCUAGCGUGUCUUCUCGCCGAAACGCGGAACGCUGGCUCUCUUCAGUGGCCCCAGCGGCGGGACGAGUGGGCUUGUCGGUGCGCUUUGGACGCGGCUCCCAUCGAAUGGUGUGCCAGGCGGUGGCCGGCACGCACAGUUUCGGCUGGAGAGUCGUGCAAGAAGAGUCCGAGCCGUCGACGAUCGGUUUGCGAGCACAACGCUCUCCGCGGGCCGGACUAACUACCGGUCACGUGCGGGCCGGUCCGGCGUCAUCGGCUUCUGCUGUUCGGGAUUCCCGCCGGGCCAUCGGGAGCCCGAAUGUGAAGCCAGCUGUCGUCGAGCGCGUCCCGAAGCGGGACCCGGCCGUUACCUCGGCUCUGGCCUGUGCACGGGGCUUCACUCGCGAGCCUGCUCCAUCGCUGGCCCGAAACGAGCCACCGCCACCGCCAGUAUUGACGCCAUAUGAAGUCUUCGUCGCUCUGAAGCGGCCACCUCUCCCUUCCCCGCCGAGGGGGCACUGUCCCGAGGAGUGGACGGUAGAGGACGUGGCGGAGUACGUCGCGAGACUUCCGGGAUGCGAGCGUUACGCCGAGAAAUUCCGCGACCAGGAGAUCGACGGCGAAGCGCUGUUUCUGCUGAACGAGCGCCACCUGAUGUCGGCGAUGAACAUGAAGCUGGGACCAGCGGUCAAGAUGUGCGCAAUGAUAAAUUCUCUGCGAGAGGUGCACUAAAUGGACUCGCCUUGUUCGUUGGAACAUUCGACGUGUUACACACCGGCAGCAACAGUAUUUCGCCUGCAAGUCUUUUUCGGACUAAUUUCAGCACAACGACUGACACCAUGUGCUCAGCAUUGUGGAAAAAAUCGUGAGAGAGGACUUUCUCUUCGCGCUAACGCCCUUCUUUUCCUUUUUAUGGUGGUCCCACAAGAAGCUGGGACGUUAUUCCUUCUUAAUAAAACAGUUUGCACACAUCUUGA